UCUCCAACAUGGCGGUGUCGAUGGAAGGUCCGCUGUCCAAAUGGACGAACGUGAUGAAGGGCUGGCAGUACCGCUGGUUCGUGUUGGACGACAGCACAGGGCUGCUCUCCUACUACACGUCCAAGGACAAGAUGAUGCGAGGUGCCAGGAGGGGCUGUGUCAGGCUGAAGGGAGCAGUGAUUGGAAUUGAUGAUGAAGAUGACAGCACUUUCACUAUCAACUGUGACGGCAAGACCUUUCACUUUCAGGCCCGUGAUGCGGAUGAGAGAGAACGUUGGAUCUCAGCACUGGAGGACACCAUCACUCGCCACUCCCAGUCACCUAGUGUAGGUUAUGAUUUCCCGACUAGUGUGACCUCUCACCCCAUCACCACAACAGCUGACUUUGACACCAAACUGAUGGAGGCAGACGCCUAUCUGCAGAUCCUUAUCAAACAGACAAAGGCUUUGGAGGCCAGAACUGAUGCCUGUGAAGAUGAGGAUGAGAAAAAGAGGUUGCAGAGCUUGGUGGAUGUUUCAAAUGCCAUGCUGGAGUCUAUUAAGCACAGCAUAGUCCUGAUGCAGGUGGCCAAGUACGCCUGUGUGGAACACAUGGACUCUGGCAGGCUGACUACAAUGAAUGGGGUGCCGGGAACUGAGGAUAUCAGCACUGGAGACCAGCUGAGUAACUCGGGUUCAGGCAGUACAGCCAGUCUGGAGCAGGCUACGGAAGCUAUAGAGGAGGGAGGGGGGCAGAUGACAGACUAUGGGCAGGGCUUGGAUGGCCUGGUGGAGGCUGGCACCCAGACUAACGGCAGUAAUGCACCUUCCCUGUUGCCGGUAGACACAAGUACCCAGACCGGCAGCCACACCUCCAGCCCCAUCAGCGGCCCCGUGGUGACGCUGGCGCUCCAGGUCCCGGUCCUCCCCCAGACGUCAUACUCCAGCAGCGAGGAUGAGGACUUCUUUGAUGCAGACGAGUUCUACCAGGCUUCCCCGGAGAAGUCGCCAAGCCGCAUGCCCAACAGCUUCCAAGACUCCUUGAGCCGCAAUGACCUGGUGAAGAAACUGGACCAAGACUUCCAAGAGGAGGAGAAGGAGAACAUACCUGAGGUCUCGGUGACGGGGGCAACACCUGGCAAGGAGAAUCCAGAUGUGAUGAUGCGCGGGGGGAUCUGCAUCGUGACGGACUCCAGCGGGAGUGAGGAGGAGUCCACAGAGAACAUGGAGAACCACCAGUCAGUCAUCACCCACCUCCUGUCACAGGUCAAACUGGGCAUGGACCUCACCAAGGUUGUUCUUCCCACCUUCAUCUUGGAGAAGCGAUCCUUGUUAGAGAUGUACGCCGACUUCUUCGCACAUCCAGAUCUGUUUUCCAGUAUCCCAGAUUUCGAGGAUCCUAAGGACCGUAUGAUCGGGGUGAUCCGAUGGUACCUGUCUGCCUUCCACGCAGGCAGGAAGGGCUCCGUCGCCAAGAAACCUUACAACCCCAUCUUAGGGGAGACUCUAAGGUGCUUCUGGGAUCUGGGUACGGACAACCUAGAUGGGGAACAGGAACUAGUGACAGAUGGACCCAUCCCCUGGGCGACCAGAGACAAUGUGACGUUUAUAGCUGAACAAGUAUCGCAUCAUCCACCCAUUUCAGCUUUCUAUGCUGAGCACUACAACAAGAAUAUCUCUUUCAACGCCCACAUCUGGACCAAGUCCAAGUUCUUGGGUCUGUCUAUAGGGGUACACAACAUCGGGCAAGGGUGUGUUUGGGUCCGCAAGUACGAUGAAGAAUACAUUGUUACAUUUCCUAAUGGCUAUGGAAGGUCCAUCCUGACAAUCCCCUGGAUGGAGUUAGGAGGAAAGGUCACCAUCACGUGUGCCAAGUCUGGCUACAGCUGCAACAUUGACUUCCUCACCAAACCUUUCUACGGAGGCUCCAAGCACAAGAUCAAGGCAGAUGUCAUGGGUCCAAGUGAGAAGAAGCCAUUUUGUGUGAUAGAAGGGGAGUGGAACGGAGUCAUGUAUGCCAAGUGGGCAACUGGACAGGAGGAGGUUUUUGUGGACACCAAGAAGAUGAAGAUCAUGAAGAAGAAGGUGCAGAAGCUGGAGGAUCAGGGAGAGUACGAGUCUAGGAAGUUAUGGAAUAGAGUGACGGAAGCCCUCAGCAGUAGGAACAUUGACAGCGCCACGGAGGCAAAACAGUUUCUGGAGGAAAGGCAGAGAAGAGAGGCUCGGGAGAGGAAGGAAGCUGGGGUCAAAUGGGAGACCAAGCUUUUCCAUGAGGAUGGGGAACAGUGGAUCUACGACAACCCCUUGCAGAAGCGACUGGAACUGCAGGACAAAUUGCAAUAAUGCCAGAAACAUGAGAAAGACAAUCGUCCUACAUUUGUAUUAAAGAUGAAGCACAGAAGGAACAUUUCUUAGCCUUUUUCCAUGAUGUCUGAGGUUGGAAGUGGUUCUGUUCUGUGUGCAUACAUGUACACAGAACAUUUGUUAAAAAACUCAGAUGAACUUCCGACUUAGUCAAAGCAAAAGUCCUUUCAGUUGUCAGAAAGUACAGGGAAUUCUGAGGUUGUACAAACAUGAGAAUAAACUGAAUACAAUAAAUCUAAAACAUAAAUGUGAAUAAUUUAUUUAGAUGGUGGUUUGUGAUUAAGCUGUACCAAGCCAUAUUGUGCUGUACUGUGAUUAGUCCAUAAUUCCACCACAUUCUGGUAACUUUGUAAUGGUGUUAUUUGAUUGGCUACUUUCCACCACAUUCUGGUAAGUCUGGUAGAUAAUGAAAUAUGAUUGGCCCAUCACCAGCCAUGUAAUUUAAAGGUGCCAUGUGAUUGGUUAAUUUCCAACCAUACUAUUUAUAGCUCUGUGAUUGGCUGAUUCAUAAUUUUAAAAUGUCUCCAGGUCUGAUAAGUCAAAACCUGACCAACAUUCCAAGUUUGACCAUUGCAAUACCAGUAAAGGGGUUGACAUAGAAUAUUACACUGUUGUUGUAAGUUAUGUGCCAGUCAUACAUUGUACUUGCAUAAUUUCUUCUACCUUCAAGGCUUUAAGAAAUUUACUGAGGGAAAAGUCUAAGAUCACUUUUGUAUAUUCUUAUGUCAUUAGAAUUCUACCAAUGCUGAUUUACCAUAUCAAAAAAGUUUCCAGGGAUUUUUCACCAUUGAUUUAGGUAUUUGUCAGCAAUAAACACAACCAACCAUCAAUCACCAUUGAUUGACAGAUAAGUUAACCAAUCAGAAUCAAGGAAACAAGUGUGCAGUAUGGAACAUGCUGUAUGAUUAUGUUGCUAGUGUAGCAAGCAUUGAGUCCAUGAUCCAUGUAAUAGUAUAUGUAUGUCUGAAUUCGUUUUAUGUACAAGCUUACAGAUCAAGUUAUCACAGAAAAUUACCACACAUGCAUGGCUACUCUUUCUAAAGGCUUCCAGUGGUGCAAUUCAUGAUCAAUUGAACAACACUGAAUAAUAAGUUGAAUGAAAUAUUUAGACUGUCAUUGACAGAGAAAAAUUGAUGCCAUGUAUUUACUUUGUAUGUAGACAUCUCUGAUCACAAACAGAGUAUCAGGUGCUUUUGUAGUUGUUUUGCACUCUUUCAAUGAAGUCAUUUCAAAUGUUACUGAAUUUUGAGGGAUACUGAUAAAUAAAUUAAAUGUAUGUGUAUUUGUAAUCAUAGUAGUCAAAAACAAAUUGUAAUACUGUAUUGAAUGAUUACUACUUGGUACUUUUCAAUACACUGCUUAUUCUAUAACUU